AUGCUCCGGAAAGACUCUGUUUCUGAGUCUGUCCUUCAGCCAAGCGGACAGUGCAAAGAAAACUGGCUGGCAUGUAGAGACGAAAAAUGGCGCUUGUGUGUUCUUGCUUAUGAGGCAUGGCGGCCCACCGUGGUUCUCUUGCUUCACGUUUUAGUUCUGCAAGCGAGGUGCUUGCCGGCUCAGACCAAUGCAGAGGCGUGUGACUUGGGGCCGUACGCUGGCUUUGUCAAGCGGCAAUUGGAGAGUGCGCCAGAUGCCAUCGGCAUGAAGGAGUGCACCAACAUCUUAGCUUUAUCUCGACGCCUCAGUUCGAAUCGCAGUCAGCUACUUGCAGAACUACGGCAGCAAGGCCAGAGGCUGCAGGCAAUCAGCAACGAGAAGUCGCAGCUCUCGCAGGAUCUGAACUCCCUCCAGGACCGUUAUGCUCUUCUCCAAUCAAAUCAUGAUGUGCUCCGGGCUUCGCAAGAGCCUCGCACUGAGACGGAGGCGUUUUCGUCAGACAUCCCUGGGAGUACCAAUGAACUGCUUCUGAGUUCAAGGCAGCGUGCCUUGCUGGGAAGCCUCGCUGUGACAACACAGGAGAGCUCAGGGAUGAGGCAGCACGGCUUCUUCGUGGAUGUGGUGAGCUUAGACAGUGGCGAGGCUUCUUUGGCUGCAGGGCCGCCUCGUCCUGAGACCUUGGAUGCCUGGGAGCUGGCAGUGCGGAAAGUCUACGAGCAGCACGUGCUUCGAUUGCAGAAGCAGAUGCUCAUUGCGGAUACCAAAGCUGUGGAGAUGGGUUUGAAUGUGCAGGACUUCCACGACCAGAUCCAGCGGCAGGAAGAGGAGAAACAGAACCUUUCCAACCAGGUCUCCGCCACCAAACAGGAAUUGGCUAGUCUCCGGGAGGACAUGGAAGCCACCAGGAAGAACUACGACGGCCAGCUUGGGAUGCUCACGGAGCAUAUUUGC